AUGGAAAGACGUACUGGCAUUUCCUACUACGAUGCCGGCGAAAUGUCUGGGAAUGUACCAAGUCCACGUUCCAACUCUGGAAAUUAUAAUGUAUACUAUGGACUCCGGACAAGGUGA